UAAAAGGGGGUGCGAGGUUUGGGGCUGUAUAGCACAGGCCCAGUAUGGGUGAGGCCCCGGAGUUGGUUAACCUGCACCACGCUCAAAGAAAACUUAGAAACCAAGCAAACAACAGUUUAAAGAGGGGUGCAGGGCCCCCUGGCAACAUCUGCUGCUCGCUGCACCUGUAGCUCCCUAUGCCCCCCAAGUACAAUCUGUUCCUUCAGUCCCGAGAUCUUCUGGGCACUGGGAAGUGAGGGUCAUAGCUUUUUUGGAUGCUUUCUGUAUUUUCAGGUAGCGUACUAAGGGCAGUUUUGAAACUUCCUUAUUCCCGUCGGUUCUCCUCACUACCUCGGUGUAUUGAUUUCACAGAGAAGGAAACUGACUCUGAGGCAAAGCCACUUGCAAUCACAUGCAGAACGGGAUCCAAACCGAGGACUGGGAGACCUGAGAUGUCCCCGUGCGCGCGCACACACACACAGACACACACACACACACACACACACACACACGCACACGCACACACACACACACACCCUACUCUUCCUAAUUUCCCAGGCCACUGAGAUCAGUUAGACUGAUUUGGCAUCAUUCAUGGUCACUUACUGAGAGAGAAUUUAAGGAACUCUCGGUUUUCCUGUGCCUUGGUUUCCCUGCAAAACAGAGCAUGUGUUUCCUCAAAGGGUUGGCGUGAGGCUUAGCUGCCCAUGCUGCUCUGCUGGCUUUUGUGUGUUAUGUUCACAGCAUGUCUGGGUUAGUAGGUUAACAACAACAACAAAAUAAGAAAGAAAAGCAAACAAACCAAACCUGAGUGCCAUCUUGCAAAGGAUAUAAAUGAGCCCAGAGAAGUAAGGACCUUGGCUAAUGCCACACAGAAAGGAAGGGACCGAUUCUGCAUUUGAUUUCAGGUUAUCUGACUCCAAAGCCCAGACUCUUAGCACCUUGGAUAUAUGUCCUUCACAUAUCAACAGAUUUCGCAUAGGGCCUGUCCCUUUCCAGACCUCCCCAUCUCUGCAGGAGUGAAGGCUUUUUGAGGCCUUUGGGGCCCCGAGUUGGAUUGGCUGUUUCAGGGCCCACAUUCUCAGCUGGGUUUUUUUGUUUUGUUUUUUCUUUUCUGGCUGUUUUCACCUUAAAGGCUAUAGUAGUUACUGAUACGGUGAAAAACCAUAGCCACCGCAAUUAUGAAGAAAGCAUUUAACUGGGGGCUUGCCUACAUUUUCAGAGGCUGAGUCCACGAUUAUCUUGGUCAGGAGCACGGUGGCCAACAGGCUGAUAUGGUGCCGAACAGUAGCCAAGAGCUCACAUCUGAUCCAUAAGUUUCAGCCGGCUCCGGUGCCCAGACUCAAGCUCCCCACUGCUCAAUGGACAACCCCAGCUCAGACCCGUUGCCUUCAACUUUGUCUGGGGAGGAAGAAAAACCUCUGGCCUUACUUCCUCCUGUUCCCCGGGGCCGCAGAGGCCGGCCACCAGGGGGAGCCGCCACCUCCAAUCGGACUCUCAAGUCCUCCCUCCCUCGAAAGCGGGGCCGGCCCCCCAAAUCACUGCAGGAAGCCCCGUUGACAGCACCAGUGGACAGCGGAGGCAGCAGCGAUCUCCUGUUGAUCGAUGAUCAGGGCGUUCCUUAUACCGUUCCCGAAGGAUCAGCAGCAGAUGGGCCCCAGGGCUCUGGCCCCAAGAGGGCUCCACACUUCUGUCCCGUGUGCCUGAGAGCCUUCCCCUACCUCUCCGACCUGGAACGCCACAGCAUCUCACACUCAGAGUUGAAGCCACAUGUGUGCAAAGAUUGCGGCAAGACCUUCAAACGGUCCAGCCACUUGCGGCGUCACUGCAACAUCCAUGCUGGCCACCGGCCCUUCCGUUGUGUGCUCUGCCCUCGCCGCUUCCGCGAGGCGGGGGAGCUGGCACACCACCACCGCAUCCACUCUGGCGAGCGUCCCUAUCAAUGCCCCUCGUGCCGAGUGCGCUUCACCGAAGCCAAUACUCUCCGGCGCCAUUACAAACGCAAACACCCAGAGCUUGUGGGGAUGCCCGUGCGCCUGUGCCCCCCAAACCCAAGACCCCAACCGCUGUGGAAUGAUGACGAGGGUGUCCCUGUUCCAGGGAGGCUGCAGGAGGAGAGUCCUGAAGGAAAGGAGCCUGCUUGGCCUCUAUCCUCCACCACGUCCCCCCUGUCUGGGUAUACAGAGGGGAGUUCAGAUGGUGCUGGGCAGGGGCAAGGAGGUCAAGACACCCUUGUUUCUGGUGGUACUGCCGUUACGGAAGGGGGUCGAAAUCAGGGACCUAAGCCUCUGGGUCCUGACACCAUCUAGCACCCUCCUUCGGACUGACAGGCCCUGGGAGGUAUGGGCUGUGGAAAUAAACCCCUGCCUACUGAC